CUUCACCAUGUCGACUGUCUAUCUUAAAUUCAUCCUAUAUGACGCGAAUGAACAACGCGUUUUGCGCGCCAGUGGCAUCAAGAUUGCAAGAGACGCCACAACUUUUGAGGUCGAAGAAAUGUGCGCCAAAACUAUAGGAUACGAUGGCCCCAGCCGGCUCUGGAAGCCCAACGGUUCCUAUACAUUGUCCAUGCAUGAGCUGGCCGACCGCCUGGAAAACGCGGGCCACGAUCUCACACAAUUGUGUGAAAGCUUGUCUGAUGCUCCACGGGACGUGUCCGACCUCUUCCUAGAGCACUCUCGGGGACUGCAGCGUUCUGCACAGCUCCCGACCUUGGUGUUUGAGAAGUUCCAGCUACCUCAGUAUGGUGGUGAUCAGCGAAGUGCGGAGCGCCUCAUUGGGGAUGCUGAUGUCCGCGAACUGGCGCAGAAGUUUGAUGAAGUGCUGAAGCUGGGUCAGGCCGUGACACUAUCGCAGCAGUGUCAGCCGAUUAACUACAGAGCUCAUCAGCUGACUCCUUGCGCUAUUCUCGACGGCCGCCGCGCCAGUUCUCAAACUUGCAUCUGCCCUCCUAUCGAGCUAUUUCACGAAUCAUUCGCUCAGUUCCGGGCCAUUGCGUUCGACGACACACACCAACCGCCCGAGGGCGUUAUUGUGUCCACGUUGGAACUCAUGAAAAAUGCGUCCGCAAUCGCCACCUCCGAAGCCGCCCGUUCGGGUAGCACUCGGAAGAUGCUUGGCAAGUUGCUGAAUCUCCCCGCAGUUCAAACAGUCGAUCGCAACAAGAACUCGCCCGACCACGUCAUGAUCUGUUCUUGCAGACAGCUAUCAGGCACCGCAGCUCUAGCCAUCAUCGAAGAAAAGGCAGAGCUAGGCACCUCGGGCGAAGGAUCUGUCCAAGGUUCCUUCUCCUACAUGUCUCACUGGGCGAGCCCUGACCAGAAGCAAUUGGUCCAAAAUUGCUCCGCUCCGUCUUUCAUUAUAUCAAUCGCCGGGCCUUGGCUCGUCGUUUGUGGCGCCAUCAUUACCUCCCAAGUCAUCGUACACCGUCUCACCGACUACAUCUGGCUCGGCUACAGCCGCAACAUUGACGAUGCUCGCGUAGUACAGAUUGCACGUAUUUUCAACGGCAUCCGAGACGCGGUAGAAGGCUUAGUCGAGUUCUACCACGGGCUUUCUCCGUCCACAGAGAAUCAAAAGGCUCGGUUUUUCUCUAGGGCAACCUCCUUUACGAUGCCCGAUCCGCAGGAUGCGUCCCGCACGACAGAAUGUCAGCUCCGGUACCUGAGACCACUGAAGACACCGCACCCUGCGAGCACCGUCUUCCUCGCAGAGAUCGUAAAUGGUACCGGCGACCACAUUUCAAAAGUCGUCGUCAAGUUCGUUGAGCGGUACGGCGAAGCAGCGCACCGCGCGCUGACGGAGGUAGGCCGUGCGCCCAAGCUGCUUUACCAUGGAGAUGUCUGGCGUACGGAUCCAGCCCGGCGAGGAUGCGGCCCCUGCAAGAUGGUCGUCAUGGAGUUGGUUGAAGGCAAGACGGCGAGCGACAAGUACGGAAACAGGGACUACGCGGCGAAGGUUCCGGAGGUGGUGCGCGACGCGGUGCGGAGCGCGGUCACUGAGCAUUUGCAUGGCAGGGGUCUCGUCCAUGGAGAUAUUCGCCGGCCAAACAUCCUCCUUGCCGGCGAGGAGGAAAAUGUCAUGAUCCUCGACUUCGACUGGGCCGGGCGGGAGGGAGAAGUGCGUUAUCCACUCGAUCUCUCCGAGGGGAUUAUCUGGGCAGAAGGGGUCAGUGAUCUUGCUCCGAUCCUGAAAACUCACGACGAGGAAAUGAUCAGCAACCUAUGAUGCAUGAACCGGAUUUCAUGAACGGUCCUCGGAAGUUCCUGUCAAGUAUGCUUCUUCGGCCAACGGAGCCAACCCCUGCGUGUGCGCCGUGCAGGACUCUGAGCUCGAUACUUCACUCCCAAGCGACUUUUGACAUCUCCUCCAGCUCGCCAUAGCCGCCUAGCCGCGCUCGGAGCGGUCUCCUUCAGUCAAAUACGCUCUGUCACCAUAUUUGGAGCCUGAGAACGGGGCCUCGUUUACACGGAGCAAGAUACUUGCACUUCGCUGCUGCGCUCGUUGUCGCCGUUCAUAUCGGCGACAAGGGCCAGGCAGGACCGACGCGUGCAGAGUAUAGCACGUGCUAUGCUCGUCAGCCUCCAUCCCUUUAGAUAGCAAGCACGAGCAGACCGCCGUCACCCGCCAAUCUGCCUAGGGCUCGCGACACACCUUCCUGCUCAUGCGCUCGUCUGCUCGACUACGGCGCAUAUUUGUACCGGCAUAUAUCCAGGAUAUUAUAUCCAAAU